GGAAGUGACGCGUCGGCAGUGCUGGCUGGGUUGUGGUUCCGCUGGUUGCUAGCAGCCGGCUUGUGCGGUACCCGCCGUUUCCCCGGCAGCCGUCUCCGUGCGGUGCCUGGGCCCGAGCGCGGCGGGGCGAUGAGCUACGAGCACCGCAGGGGAUGGGGCCGCGGCCGCGGCGGGAGCGGGGGUGGAGGUGGGGGCGGGAGCUCCCGGCCUUCCUCCUCCGAGGCGGGAUACGGAGGCCGAGGGGGCGGCGGCGGCGGCGGCCGGGGGCGACAUCCCGGGCACCUGAAGGGCCGCGAGAUCGGGCUGUGGUACGCGCGGAAGCACGGGCAGAGAAGCAAAGAGGCUGACAGGCAGCAGAGAGCUGUGGUGCAAAUGGAUGAACAUCGUGAAGAACAGAUCGUGCAGCUGCUGAAUACUGUCCAGACUAGAAAUGAAAAAGAACAGGAAGCCAUGUCCUGGUGGUCAGGCGAGGAAGAAGGACCUGAUCAAGUGGAGCAAGUAAAAGAGAAACCAACCUUGGAAAAGGUUCCUAUAAAACAUAGACCAAACUUGGAGAGAACAUUCCUAGAUCGGGAUGCAGAAUUUCUUUUUCAAAAAAAUGAGCCAGAUAUUGAUUUAGAUGAGCAAUUUAGAGAAGAAUUAAGAAAGAAGAAAUCUGAUUCAAGAUACAUUGAAAUGCAGAGGUUCCGAGAAAAAUUGCCUUCAUAUGGGAUGAGAAGGGAACUAGUAAACGUUAUAAAUAAUAAUCAGGUAACUGUGAUAAGUGGUGAGACUGGUUGUGGAAAGACCACACAAGUAACUCAGUUCAUUCUGGAUGACUAUAUUGAGAGAGGAAAAGGGUCUGCUUGCAGGAUUGUGUGCACACAACCAAGGAGGAUCAGUGCCAUCUCAGUUGCAGAGAGAGUUGCCACUGAAAGGGCGGAAGUAUGUGGUAAUGGGAAGAGUACAGGAUACCAAAUUCGCUUGCAGAGUCGGUUGCCAAGGAAACAAGGUUCCAUUUUGUACUGUACAACAGGAAUCAUCUUACAGUGGCUUCAAUCAGACAAGCAAUUGUCCAGUGUUAGUCAUGUUGUCCUUGAUGAAAUCCAUGAAAGGAAUCUUCAGUCAGAUGUCUUAAUGACUGUUAUUAAAGAUCUCCUAAAUGUUCGUUCAGACCUGAAAGUAAUACUGAUGAGUGCUACUUUGAAUGCAGAGAAAUUUUCAGAAUAUUUUGACAAUUGUCCCAUGCUUCAUAUACCUGGAUUCACUUUUCCUGUAGUGGAAUAUCUUUUGGAAGAUGUCAUUGAAAAAUUAAGGUAUAUGCCAGAAAACACAGAUCGCAGACCUCGCUGGAAAAAGGGCUUCAUGCAGGGGCACAUAAGCAGACCAGAAAAGGAAGAAAAAGAGGAAAUCUAUAGAGAACGUUGGCCAGAUUAUCUAAAGCAGCUUCAAGGAAGGUAUUCAACAAGUACUAUAGCUGCUUUGGAAUCGAUGGAUGAUGACAAGAUUGACCUUGACCUCAUAGCUGUACUCAUCCGAUACAUUGCCUUAGAAGAAGAGGAUGGUGCAAUAUUGGUGUUUCUCCCAGGCUGGGACAACAUUAGCACUUUACAUGAUCUCUUGAUGUCACAAGUCAUGUUUAAAUCGGAUAGAUUUGUUAUCAUACCUCUCCACUCUUUGAUGCCUACUGUUAAUCAGACGCAGGUUUUUAAAAAGACCCCUCCUGGAGUACGGAAAAUUGUAAUUGCAACCAACAUAGCAGAGACCAGCAUUACCAUAGAUGAUGUUGUGUUUGUUAUUGAUGGAGGAAAAAUAAAAGAAACUCAUUUUGACACGCAGAACAACAUUAGCACCCUGGCUGCUGAGUGGGUUAGUGAUGCUAAUGCCAAGCAAAGGAAAGGCCGAGCAGGAAGAGUCCAGCCUGGUCACUGUUUUCAUCUAUACAAUGGUCUACGUGCCAGUCUUCUAGAUGAUUAUCAGUUACCAGAAAUCCUGAGGACGCCUUUGGAAGAACUCUGUCUACAAAUCAAGAUUUUAAAGCUUGGGGGAAUUGCUCAUUUUCUAAGCAAAUUAAUGGAUCCACCAUCUCAUGAUGCUGUAAUGUUGUCCAUAAACCACCUAAUGGAACUGAAUGCUUUGGAUAGACAAGAGGAACUGACUCCACUAGGUGUCCAUUUGGCACGAUUGCCAGUUGAGCCGCAUAUUGGAAAAAUGAUUCUCUUUGGAGCUUUAUUCUGUUGCUUAGAUCCUGUGCUCACAAUUGCAGCCAGUCUCAGCUUCAAGGAUCCCUUUGUCAUUCCACUGGGCAAAGAGAAAGUAGCAGAUGCAAGGAGAAAGGAACUCUCAAAGAACACUAAAAGUGACCACCUAACCAUUGUGAAUGCUUUCACAGGCUGGGAAGAGGCUCGGCGGCGUGGCUUCCGAAAUGAAAAAGACUACUGCUGGGAGUAUUUUCUGUCUUCAAAUACACUCCAGAUGCUGCAUAAUAUGAAAGGGCAAUUUGCUGAACAUCUCCUAGCAGCUGGGUUUGUGAAUAGUAAAGACCCCAAAGAUCCAAAAUCUAAUACCAACUCAGAUAAUGAGAAGUUGCUCAAGGCAGUCAUCUGUGCUGGUUUAUAUCCAAAAGUUGCAAAGAUCCGGCCAAGCUUUAGCAAGAAGCGAAAAAUGGUUAAAGUUUGUACCAAGCCAGAUGGAACUGUUAACAUUCAUCCUAAAUCUGUUAAUGUGGAAGAAACUGAGUUCCAUUAUAACUGGCUCGUUUAUCAUCUGAAGAUGAGAACCAGCAGUAUUUACCUCUAUGAUUGUACAGAAGUCUCUCCAUACUGUCUCUUGUUCUUUGGAGGAGAUAUUUCCAUUCAGAAGGAUAACGAUCAGGAUACUAUUGCUGUGGAUGAAUGGAUUGUCUUUCAGUCUCCUGCAAGGAUAGCCCAACUAGUCAAGAAUUUAAGAAGUGAACUAGAUGACCUUCUCCAAGAGAAAAUUGAAAACCCGCACCCUGUGGACUGGAAUGACACUAAAUCCAGGGACACAGCAGUCCUGACAGCCAUUAUAGACUUAAUCACAACACAAGAGAAUGAAAGUGCCAGAAACUUUGCUCCUCGAUUUCAGAAUGAACGUUAUAGUUGACACUUUCUUUCUUGUUAGAAAGAGAUGACAUUUUGCCAGUUUUUCUUUUUAAUUUUAUAGCAUUUAUCUAGCUAGACUUGAGACUUUUUAGGGCAACGUAGUAAUUUCACCUUAUUAAAAAACAGUUAAUUUCAGUAGUUUGUAAUGUCUAUAUGUGCACGGUAUCCAGUGUUUAAUGUCUCUUUUUAAAUACAAGACAGUGUAUGCUGUAAGCAACUAUUGGUGUAUGUUUAUUUCUUGUCCGUACUUCUUUGGAACUAACUUUGAUGUAAAAGGUGAAUAAUGUUCAGAAUGCACUGCAAAAAGUACUGCUUUAUUAUAUAUAAACUGUCAAGUUCCUGCUGCCUGUGGAUUUUUGGGGAGGAAAUAGAUGCUAGUAGUCAGUGUUGUCAAAAACAGUAAAAAUGCUGCAUGGUUGCAACUGAAGCUUCCUUCAGUCAGUUAGAAACCAAACUUCUUGACAAAACGGUUAACAUUGUACAGCGUGAAGAUUCACUAUUUAAAACUUAAUCUGCUCUCCCUUCAUCCAAAUCAUUACAUCUCUUGUUUUUCUUUUAUGCCCAGUGAUCAGUUUGAGUAAAACUUCAGAAUAAGGGAAGUAUUUACUAUAGACUUUAAAAAAAUCAGGAUGAGUUUAAAACUUUGACGUUUUAAUUUUAUUCUGAUUUACUUAAAAAUGUAUGUACUUAAUGGUACUUUAAAGGGUUUUGUUUGUUUGGGGUUUUUUUGUUAAAGCUGCAGCUAUUUCUAGUGUUUCAUGUUUUGAAUACUUCCAAGUAUGUGCACAUAAGCUAUAAUAUGCUUGUUUUAUUUAUGAUUUAGAAUAUCAUCUGGUAUUAUAGUUAAGGAAUUCCUAGCUUUACCCUGAAAAAAUGUGAAUCAGUAACACAUCUUUUUCUAUUUAAAAUUUGUUUGACUACAAAUCCUACUGUUUCUCUGUCUCUUCCAGGUUAAGAUCAAGUGUAUGUUUUUCCUCUAUUUGAUAUAAGGAUUAGCACUCACUUUAAUCUAACACAUCUAGAUGGUAUUUUUUGGAAAGUUGCCAUUAGGCAAAAAAAUGUAUUGGAUAUUGCAACUUUCCCCCUUUAAUAUAGUUUGUUCAUCUGUCAGUGUCUUGAGAUGAUAAAUGGGGAAGUUGUAGACUUUGCAUCCACUGCUCUCAUUGGAAGAUAAACUGCAGUAGCUUAGUCUUAUUUUAUUCAGGUGUAAAUUGCUUCACUUUUUAAAUUAGUAUCUCUACCCUUGCAUAAAGAGAAUUUAUUAAACUCUCCCCCCUGAUAUCCAUUACAAAUAUACCGUUACCACAACACAAUGUUUUGACAAUAACAAGUACACAAUAAAAGCAACAAAUCUUUCAACACAAUAAUAAAUAAUUCAUUUGUAUUUACAAAUUUCUUAAAAACUUGACAGGCUGUAGGCCAAAGGAGAAUACUAAAUGUGGAGAAAGCUCUAUCACAAUCAAGCUUCAUAAUACCAGUGCCUCAUCUUAAGUAAUGCGAUUUAAAAUUGCAGAGAGCUGGGGGGGAGGGGAGGCAACAAAAAACAACAGCUCCGUGGAAAAUAAAUUACAAAUCCAUAUAUAAUCAAAUAUACUUGUUCUUAACUCUACAACUCAGUUCCUUGGAAAAAUUGCAAAUCAGCUCCUAAAAAGCAUGGAGUCCAUAAUGGCAGGAGUUCCUUUGUCUGGCUGUAAAUGGUCUAGUACUGGAGACCUGAUUUUUCUUCAAAGGUUUCCAUGUCCCUUUUAAAACUAAAGUAACUUUUUUCCAUGAUAAAUGAGAGAACCUAAUGGAUUUUACAAAAGACCCAAUGCCUCUGUCAUACAUGAGAGUGACAGCUCAGCAAAAGCUUUUAUUUGAUUUUUAACAAAGAUAGAAUUCUCAAAAUAUGACCAUAUGUCAGUAUUAUGAAAAAUAUGGAAUUGAAACGGUGCCAGACAUCCAACUCAGAAUUGCACAUAAAAAUUAAAUGAAAGUGAAGACUUUCAUCAAUUGUAUUUAUUAUAUAUAUAUAUUGGUAGCUUUUUAAAAGCAGUCUGAUCUACAUCUGGAUGCUUUCACUCACCCUUCAAUAGAGCUUUACUUCUUCCUGCAAAAUAAGAUUAAUCUGAUGACAUUAUUAUUUUAUUAAUAACAAUAACAACAAUAAUAAUCUGAAUCUAAAAUCGUGACUCGCUGGAAAUGAAACCUCACCUGCUGCUGGAUGCACUGUCACACUCUGUUAUGCUAAGCAGUCUUCACAUCUUUUUUUUUAACUAUUUCUUUCUUUAGGGAUAGCUGCUGUAGCUCCAGCAUUUUAUGUUUAAAGGGUGCUGUCAGGCAGCUGUAAAAUCAUGAAUAUGUGUGCAAAGUAUAUAUGACACUUGCAGUUAACUCUGUUAUUGCAAGGAGCUAUAUUACUAAUUUCAUGUAGAUGGAUACUCAUAUGAUCAUCAGAUAAAUAUACCAUUAAAAGGAACUACCUUGUUUGAAUAAAUGUAUGCACAGUGCUCCCGCAGUGA